CAUUGCGUAAAUUACUUUGAAAAUAUUGUCAAACGUUGAAAUGCGCAUUUUUUCAGUGGUUAUUGAUGGUGAACGAUUUUGAUCGGUUUUUUGUUAAUUCUGCUCAUAAUACGGUGGUAGUACAGAAGUGAAAGAAAUGGCGCUGUGUCGAAACACCAAAUGUUGCUAUUUUCAAACCAAUCCGUUUGGCGGCAACGGUGUCAAUUUCAAACUAUCGAAUACGUGAGGUGAUGUUCGCCGCACACACUUUCAUAUCAGGUGAAUGAAACAGAAGUACAGUAAUCCGAAGCGACGCCACUUUCGUCAUUGACUUUCUUCACAACACACCAAACCGUUUGAUUGCCAAUACGCAAAAAGAGAAUCUCGUAGUAAUUUUACACGAAAAAGUAUCACAGUUAAUUUGAUUAUAUCAGAAAAAUAUUCUAUUUAAUCCCAAUUGAAUUGAAAUAGAAGAAUUUUUGUAAAUAUGUGACCCAUCCGAGUAAUAUUGCAUAUUUGAUUCAUUUCCAACUUAGGAAGGGGGACAUAAGAAGCGGACACACUUGAGAAACAUUGUGAGCGUUUGAGGAAAGAUUUCAACAAACAAAACAGUUGUCGAUCAGUAAAGACAGGACUUCUGAGCGACCAUUUUUAACGCCACUUUCAACAUCACAUUCGUGUAGUGGAACUCGGAACAAUAAAGAGAGACAUUUUCGAUCGAUAAAUUCCAAGUACAAUCAGCCAUGGCUGAUGUUCCACCGACUAGGCAAAUGAGAUUGCGGCCAAAUGCAGGUAUGUUCGAUCUGGUCAUGAAUAGAAAUCGGUUUGGACUAAUGCGAAGAACCAUCCAUCGCGCCACAGCAACCAAAUCAACCAAAUCAGCCGAUGAAAUCAAACACAAGAUCGCACUGCAAAUGGACCCAAACAACAACGAUGGAGAAAGUGUGAAGGUUGAACCAGUUUCAGUCGUCCCAGUAAAACCAAAAUAUCAUCCAGUUCCAAUCUUCGCGGUGAAACCAAAGCAAGUUGCUGACCAUGGACGAAAGUGGAUGACACCAGAGCGACCGGUACAAACGAAUAUAAAAACAAAUCCAUCUUUAUACGAUGCAUCGAAGCCGGUACAAGACAUGACUUUAAACGAAGAAUCCAUGUUCCAGAUUUUCAACAAUUUGACGUUGAACGAGCUCUGCAAUACAGCAAUCGCAUACGAUGAAAUGAAACUGGCCGCUCAGAAGUUCUUUGAAGUACAAUACACAAAGGUAAAUUUGGCCUGGCUGAUUGAUGAUGGCGCCGACAAGUUCACUUUGCUUCAAGCCCAGCGCUUGUUGCAAUGUUUUGGCCAAUUCAUAUCGACGCUCAUCGUAAACAGCAAUCAAUUGGAAGAGGCUGAUCAGAAAGGGAAGCUGCUGGAAUUUAUUGAACAACACUGCGCUGGCGUGCUGUUCUGGGAUUCAAAAUAAUUUGUUUCAUCACAUUUUUUUCUCUUCAUAGUUCAUACAUAAAUUACCUGUGAUUUUGAGCUCUUAAGCAAUUUGCUUAGGUGCCAAAUAUCGAUAGAAGAUAACAAAAUUUCCACUAGAAAUUAGCUUUUUUGUAUACAAUUUGUAUAUUUUAUUAGUAAAAAUGCAAAAAUCAGCUGAAUUGAAUCAUAACAAAUAUAAAUUUACAAAAAGUGUUCAUAUAGAAAGAAAGUAUCAAAAUAUGUUGUUAAAAUUGUCGUCACAAGAGACCUGAAAUAAAAUUGACGCUGGAAAAAGAAAA